CUUCCUUCUCCCUCACCGCAACUUACCACAAUAAGAGCUCACAUACGUAAUCCUGUUUUAUCCGCCCCCCUCCCUUUUAGCAUUUCGCCCUCAAUAGCCCAGUCUUCGUGUUAACGAAGCUCCUCAAGCUCCUGAAGCUACCCCGCUACCCCGCCAAACCCACACCUCUUCCAAGAACCCCGGCACCGCGCGAGCGUGACCUUAUUGAGGUUCGAGGAGAGGCAAGACUCUCAGACCAGAAAAUAUCCUUGAUUCUCUCAGUACUUUACCCGGGCAGCCAUAGGCGUCGGGGGAAAAUAUCACCACCUUCCUUCCACUCGCAAAUACACUAUAACCCGCAGCCAUGUCCGACCACCACCACCCUCACAAUCACGACGAAGAGCACGCCGAAGCCCAUAACCACGCCCACGACCACGACCACGACCACGACCAUACCGACGACCUGACCCCCGCGCUCCAAAACCUUCUCUACGAACAAGUGGAUUUUAGCAAACUACACACACUCAACGAAGAAGAAUCAAACUCCGGACGCGCCAUAUGCCAGAAGACGUGGGCCCAACGAAUGGAUGCAGAGCCGGAAUUGAGGAGUUCGGCGGAUGAGCAGUUGUUGAUGAUUGUGCCCUUCACAGGCCAAGUCCGCCUCCACAGUAUCCUCAUCCGCACCUCCCCUUCCCCAUCCUCCCCACUAACCCUAAAGCUCUUCGUCAACCCUCCUUCCUCCACCCUCGACUUCGAAACCGCCACCGACCUCGCCCCCACCCAAACUGUCACCAUCUCGCAAACCUCUGCCGUCCAGGAAAUCCCCGUGAAGCGCGCCUUCUUUAAUACCACACGUUGCUUGGCGCUGUUCUUUGAGGAUAAUUGGAGCGCGGGGGAGGAGGAGGUUACCAGAAUUAGUUACUUGGCGUUUAAGGGCGAUUUUAUGAAGUUGAGUAAGGAGCCGGUGAGCUUUUUGUAUGAGGCUGCGGCGAAUCCGAGGGAUCAUAGAAUGGUUGUGGGGACGGAUUUGGGGGUCGGGCGGCAAAUACAGUGAGGAGUGCUUGGGGUUGUAGAAUUGGGGAGAGAUAGGAAGGUGUGAUGGGCAAUAUGGUGUUUGGUAUCCCAUUUCAAGGGGCUUGCUUGCGUACGGUAAUGGGUUUAGAAAGAUAGGAAAAUGGGAUGGUG